CCGCGACGCCAUCCUGUCUGCCUCAGCUGCGUAGCUUACUAGUCAGCCGCCCGUUAGGCGCGCUUCCUUGUUCUUUUGUGGGGGAGUUUCAGCCCUGCCGUUAGCGCCGACCGACUGGGGAAGUGGGUGAGGUGUUGCUGCAAAAUGGACUGGGCUGGGAAACAUAAUGGUCCAAAUGAUUCAUCUAGUGAUGGAACAGUACGAUUGCGUGGUCUGCCAUUUGGCUGCAGCAAGGAGGAGAUCGUUCAGUUCUUUCAAGGGUUGGAAAUCGUGCCAAAUGGGAUAACAUUGACGCUGGACUACCAGGGGAGAAGCACAGGGGAGGCCUUCGUGCAGUUUGCUUCAAAGGAGAUAGCAGAAAAAGCUCUGGGGAAACACAAGGAAAGAAUAGGGCACAGAUAUAUUGAAAUCUUCAAAAGUAGUAAGAGUGAAAUCCGAGGAUUCUAUGACCCACCACGAAGAAUGAUGGGACAGCGACCUGGACCCUAUGAUAGACCAAUGGGAGGAAGAGGGGGUUAUUAUGGAGCUGGGCGUGGAAGUAUGUAUGACAGAAUGCGUCGAGGAGGUGGUGGAUAUGACGGUGGAUAUGGUGGCUUUGAUGAAUAUGGUGGCUAUAACAAUUAUGGCUAUGGAAAUGAUGGCUAUGAUGACAGAAUGAGAGAUGGUAGAGGAAUGGGAGGCCACGGCUAUGGUGGAGCAGGAGAUGCUAGCUCAGGCUUUCAUGGUGGUCACUUUGUUCACAUGAGAGGACUGCCAUUUCGAGCAACAGAAAAUGAUAUUGCCAAUUUUUUCUCACCACUGACACCUAUAAGAGUUCACAUUGACAUUGGAGCAGAUGGAAGAGCAACAGGAGAAGCUGAUGUAGAAUUUGUAACACACGAAGAUGCGGUGACUGCCAUGUUGAAAGAUAAAAAUCAUAUGCAACAUCGAUACAUUGAGCUGUUCCUUAAUUCAACUGCUGGAGGCGGUUCUGGAAUGGGAGGUUACGGCAGAGAUGGAAUGGAUCAAGUUGGUUAUGGUUCUGUUGGAAGAAUGGGAAUGGGCAGCAGUUACAGCGGAGGAUAUGGUACUCCUGACGGCUUGGGUGGCUAUGGUAAGUAGGUCGUGGCAGUGGAAAUAGCGGUGGAUACUAUGGACAAGGCAACAUGGGAGGCGGUGGAUGGCGUGGAAUGUAUUGAAGAGUGGCAUUGUGUCUGUGAAGCAUAUUGGAAGGAAACUGUACCUGGUCUACUAGACUUUCUUACAAAACUUAAUUUCUUUUGUAUUGAAAACUUUAUAAUGACUGAAGGAAUGUGUUUUCCCAUUAUUUGGUAAGCAACAGAUUGUGAUGGGGAAAUCUGUGUUCUGUAGGUUUUAUUUGUUGCAUACUCUGACUUUAAAUAAAUUUUUUAUAUUCAAACCACUGAUGUUGAUACUUUUUAUACUAGCUGCUCCUAAAGGUAUGUUCUCUAUUCCAAAACUGUUCGUUUAAGAUACUUGGUUCAUUAAAGCAGUUAUGCUGUAAGUUCUCUUAUUGAUGUAAAAUAAAACAACCAUCAAGCUGGUACUAGUACAUUUGUUGAGAUUUGAAAUGAAAGCAUAGGGUAACUUCUUUUAAUUAAUCUGAUACAAUCCUCUUGUCAGUGAAGACUUCCCUUACCAGAAUGUCCCAAGACUGUGCUGGGCAUGAAGGCCAUGAGUUCAGAAAUGACCUAAUGCGCAACUGCUAUAUAAAAACCCAGUUGAUGUAUGCAUGUCACAAAUCUCACCCUUAAAGUAUAUUAGUCUUUAUACCUCCUCCUUGGCAAUCACAUUUUUUUGAUGAGUGAACAAGAGAGUAUUAUUUUAGUAACAUCCAUAGAGAAGUAGGCAACUAUUUAAUUUCCUGGAAAUCUUAAAAGGCUACUCCUCUUGCUGAAGGCUCCUGUUUAAGGACUAAGAAACUUGCCCGGCAGUCAGACAUAGAGACCUUGGCAAAUUAUGAGAUUACACAAAUAUGUAGUCCUCUUACUGUGCAUUAACAUGUAAGAUUUUUUUAUUAAUUACUGUUAAGACACUUUAAAGCAUUCUCUGUGUACCAGGAAAAGGGUACUAAAUAUUCAAGUUUUCUUCAUUUCAACUGCUUGUCCUCCAAAUUCUUCCCAAUAAUUUGUCAAAUGUGAUUUUUGAAAGUUUGUUUCCUGUUUUUGAUAGUAAUGUUAUGUAUGUAAUAAAUGUCUUAUUGUGGGAGAUAGCAAAAUAGACUCCAUUCUAGGAAGUGUGUGUUGUGUCAAUUUAUCUGAGAUGUAUAUAAACUAAGGAGCAAGAUGAUGUAUUUCAAGGCUACUUUUUCACAGCUUUGCUUGUAAAGGCAGCACAGAAAGCUUUUUAGGUUUUGACACAUCUGAAAAACUCCCAAGUCAUUGUUCACGUUAAAAGAUUCAAAGUUGUUUUUUUACCAAGUUUGCUCUGCUACUACAGUCUGUGCUAUUGCUAUGCUGGAGCAGUGAUUUGCAGAAGCAUGAAUCGGAUGUGGAGAGGCUGUUGAAUUAAAAGGAGAUGGGUUAAUAACAAGCAACGGUUAAACAAAAGUGGGGUGGGAAAGAGAAUUGUUAAGUAGUUCAAUCAAAAUGCUUAAAUUGUGUGUCAGAGCCAGUAUUUUUUCUCAGUACAGUGGUACCUCGGUUUAUGAACACAAUUGAUUCCGGAAGUCUGUUCAUAAACUGAAGCGAGCUUUCCCAUUGAAAGUAAUGGAAAGUGGAUUAAUCCAUUCCAGACGGGUCCGCGGAGUACUCAACCUGAAGCGUACUUACCCCGAAGCAUGGGUGUAAUUGGUUCCGGAAGUCUGUUCAUAAACUGAAGCGAACUGAAAGUAAUGGAAAGCGAACUGAAGCGAACUGAAUGGAAAGUAAUGGAAAGCGAACUGAAGCGAACUGAAAGUAAUGGAAAGUGAAUUAAUCGAUUCCAGAUGGGUCCGCGGCGUUCGUAAACCGAAAAUUUGUAAACUGAGGUGUUCAUAAACCGAGGUUCCACUGUAUAGAUGUUCACCCUAAAUCAGCUGCGGGGAACCUUUGGUAGUCCAGCAAAAUCUGUGGCCUUCCAGAAGUUUGUGGACUCCCAAAUGCCAUCAGCCGCAGCCAACAUGGCCAGUGAUUAAUGCAAAUGUAUACAUAGGUCCUUAUGAUUAACUGACAAUUAUUCUAGGUAUACUAGCUGCCUCAGAGUAACAGUAGUUACACACAAGAUAAAUAAUGAACUCAGUUUUUAUUCCAAACCCUGCUGAAAAUUUCUCAAAUAUUUAAUUUUCCAAACCACAAGAUUACAAACAUUCGUAUUUAAAGUUACAAAAAUGUCAUGUUAAAACAUACAAAAGCUGUACUAGUCAAUAAAUUCUUGGCACACAUGCACCACUGAUAUUGAAAGCUUGUUCUGAAAUAGCUAAAUCUCUAGUGGGAGGAAUGAUAGAAGUUUUGUUGAAAAAAGGCAAGUCUAAUCUCAUCUCUGUUUCUACUAGGGUGGAUUAGUCUCAAGCCUCUGACCCAAACAUAAUGACAUAAAUUGAGGAUGAGCAGGUUAUGAAGACUUUAAAAAACCCUGUCCAUUAAGAUCACAGCAAGUAGUCAGUACAUCACAUCUGCCAUAGUAGUGCUAAUUGGAAUGGAAAAGUAACUUGUGGUGGGUACUGGGAGUUUGAAAAUGGAUUCGCAACGCUACUAAAAUCUAUGGGGUUUUGUGUGUGGAAGAAAUAGUUCUAAGGUUAAAGCAAGAAAAGGCUCUUUAUUAUCUUAAAUUUAUGGUACUCAUGCUAUGCACUAAAAUGUGUCAGUUUGGCACUGUUAGUGUAUUUUUAAUUUACCAUUUGGUAAAUUUGGACAAACACUGGAAGAAAAUGAAUUUCUGUCAAAUAGAACAAAAAACACGGGGCAUUUCUUGCCUACCCUUUUUGUGGGUGUGUUCCAGUCUUGAAAUACUGUCAAAUACGGUAGUUUGGAAAUUAAUAAAACUUUGGGGUUAGGCACAACAUAUUUCUCAGAAUCUUAUCAAAUGGCCAUAGGCUUUCAUCUCUGAAACAGGUUAGCUAGAAGGCUGAUGGAAAAGUUGCCCUUUUGAACUGAACAUGUUAAAUAUAUUCCAAGCUAACUGCAGUUUGAGUAAGUGGCUAGUUAUCAGAACUUUGUAGUGUUGGGGUUCUUUUAUUCUGCUCUCUGUACCUGAUGGGAAUUGAGAGUAGGUUUAAGGUCAACUUUGAGGAAUACUAAUAGUAUAGGACUAAACAGGCUGCAUAGGGAUCCUGUACUUUAACAAUUCUUAUAUGGCAUAUAAAAAUUCAGCAUAGAGAGCACACCACCAUGGUGAAAUUGACAGCAUAGAGGGUACAGUUUCAGCUGCUGAAUUUCCUCAUAUACUGCUGAAGGUACAGAAGCCGUUCCAGGGAAAGAAGAUGAACAAGUACUUUCUUGUUGGGAUACCUCUUCCCAGGUUAAAGCAAGUAAAAGCUUCCUGAUGAUCUUACAUUUGUGGUACUCAAGUGUUGAAGAAACAAAAAAUGCCCCCUUUGCAGCUCAACAAGGCUGCUUGCUGUCACUGCCACCACCAUUUCCUCUUUUUAGGCUUAGUUUUGUGCAGGGGUCUAUCUUGAAGAUGAAAGAAAAAUAUCAAACGAAGGGUGAAUUUAAUAUUUUUCCUCUAUUCCAGCUGUACCAGAUGUACAUAUCAAAUGAAAUAGCACAAAUCAUCCCAUCCAGGGCUUGUAUUGAUGUCUUUUAUUACAUUUAGCACACAGGUUUGCUAGUCUAACAAGUCAUUUCCUGUCUCGAAGGUUAAUGAGAAUAGGUGGUUUGCUGGUAAACAGAAUUAGUAAUUUGGCAUAAGUAUAUAAUAUGCCCUUCAAGGUACAAUUUCUACCUUGUGGUAUGAAAAGCCUCCUUUAAGUUUCUGUGUGCAUAAGUAUGUGAACAUACUAAGUGCAGUCACAAAUUACAGUAACAUGUUCAGCUAGGCUUGUUUUUAAAAGGAGUACUUAAAGCCAUUUUUAUUGUGUGGAUAUUCUUAAUUCUGCUUUAAUUAGGUUUUAUACCUUUUAGAAAAUCAUCUAAUGUAUACAGUGUAGUGUUAUCAACUGAACUUCAGCAAUACAAAUCUCUUAAUUACUCCAAUUUUUCCCACGCCCCAGCUUCAGGCAGUCUGGUGGAAAUAUAUAGAGAACUCUUAACUUUGCUGAUUUGUAUUAUUUUUCAGGCCAUUUAG